AUGAUUGCAAUUAUAUUGAUAUACAGUUUUUUAAUUUCUGGAAUAUUUGCAGGCUUGGAUGAUUUUUGUCAGAGUUCUACUGCCUCUACAUCAGGUCAGUCACGUCCACCAAGUCCGCCAGAUGACCGUUGUUUCGUGGACUACUUGCGUGUGCAAGGUCCCUGCCAGCCUGGCGAGUUGGAAAGCUAUGAUGAAGCGGUUUUAAUCAUAAAAAAGUCAAACACUAAGCUACUUGGACUAAUAAAAAAAACUAGGCGAGGAAUAUCUUUAGUAAAACUCGAUGCGGUUCAACUUGGUCACGAACCAGACGAACAGUUGGCAAGUCUAGGAUAUACAAGGGAGAGUGCUCAGCGUAUGCUUAUAAAUAAGUUGAGAUCAGCCAACUUCCUCUUGAAACUACUCGAUAAAAUAUAUAAAGAUCAGAUGUCUUCCAUGAUGAAAAUUCAGACUGAAUUGUUUACUCGUCAAUGUCCUGGAAUUCGAGAGAUACUUUUGAAAACAUCAGACCACUUUAAAGACCCAAAAAUGGUUCCUUUCAGACUUUUCGAGAUUUUCGGCGACAUUCAAGGUAGAUAUGUCAGCAUGUUCCCAAAAAUGGUCCGAACUGUUGGAUCACCUAAACCAGAUGAAGCUACUUAA